AUGUCGGCCUCCGAGGAUCUCAUCAAUUUCGACAUAAUCGAGGCACAGAAAGAGAACGUUCAGUCAUUACCUGGUGGUCGAUCAGCUCGAGCGCUCGCACAGAUUUUCUCUUCCGGAAGUAGCAGCGAUAAACUUGCCUCGCCGUCGCCUAACGAAACAAAGACCCUCAACGAUGCCAUUCGGCAAGAAUAUGAAGCCGAGCUUCAAACGAUCGACGAGUCGGAUGAUCCAUUGGAUAUAUAUGAUCGAUAUGUGAAGUGGACGAUGAAUGCGUACCCUUCGACACAGGCUACAGCAGAGUCGGGGCUACUCCCUCUCCUGGAACGCGCCACCAAGUCGUUUCUGACAUCGUCACACUACAAAAACGACCCGCGUUACCUCCGGCUAUGGCUGCAUUACAUCAGACUCUUUUCUGACUCCCCUCGAGAAGUCUUUGCUUUCCUUGCACGACAUCAUAUAGGCGAGGGACUGGCGCUGUUUUAUGAGGAAUUCGCUGCCUGGUUGGAGGGCGCCGGAAGAUGGACCCAGGCUGAAGAGGUUUACAGACUCGGCAUCGAACGAGAAGCCAGGCCAACGGAACGUCUACUCCGUAAAUUCAAGGAGUUCCAGAUUCGAUUCGAGCGUCGAGGCACAGAUGGCCCAUCCUCGCCGGCUCUUCCUGCUGUCCGUCCAGCGCUGGCCGCUAAGAUUGACCCCUUCUCUUCCGCAUCAGCUCCCAGUCCUGCUCCGCAAGCACAGCGCUCUUCAUCGGGAGUUGGUAGUGCACCAAAAACCAAAUCAGGGAAACCUAAGAUGGCUAUAUUUUCGGAUGGGGAUUCGGCCCCAGCUGCUGCACCCGCUUUGGGCGGGCCGACAAAGGGAUGGGAGAGCAUCGGAUCGCUCCACGAACGUAAGAAGGAGAACACAGUGGAGGCAAAGCCCUGGGCGGGAGAGACUCUGAAAGCUGGCAAGAAAGCGGCUCCGGCUCAGAAGAUGACCAUUUUCAGGGAUCAGUCAAAAUCCAAUGCACGAGUACAAGAUUCAGUAAAGCCCGAAGAGAUUCCAGAGCAUCACGUAAGGGAGGCGGUCAAUCCCCGUACCGGAAGAAGAGAGCGCGUCUUUGUCAACCUUGCAGCAGUAUAUCCCGAUCGCAGAAAUCCUAGUUAUGAGAUCAGUUUUGAAGAACUUAGAGCGAUCAAACGCGGAUGGAUGGAUAAGGAUUGGAGACAAAAGAGGCCGCUGAAAGAGAUAUCAGGGAACGCCUCAUGCAGGGAGCCGGUGAUGGCAGAUGAUCCGGAGAACUGUCCAAAUGGUGCCCUUGCGGCAGACGUCAAUAAGCUGGCCAUCGAAGAGGAUGUUUCUCAUCCGGCUACAUCAUAUCUGGAGGGAAAGAGCGAUGUAAAAGUCGCAAAGACUAAAAAGAUCAAAGUUAAGGAGAUAAAGGGGGAGACACAAACCAUCAAAACCAAUCUGGAUUCGCCCACAGGUCGGAAGUUGAAGAAGAGGAAUGCUUCGGAGCCGACUAUGACAAUCCACACACGCGCUGCCACGGAUGAGAUAUACAGUAUCUUCAACCAGCCUUUGAAAGCCGAGACGGAAGAAAGGAAUGACAGUCUCUGUGGUAGUGACUAUGAAGAUGAUGACUAUACAAGCGCCGGAGAGAGCACCGCUACUGGCCUUGUUUCUGCAGCGUCUAGUGAAUUCGGUGAUGAUGAGACCGGCACACUGCAAAAGACACACAAUGAAGAGGAUGAGGGAGAAGAGGAAGAAGACUAUGAUUACACCCAGGCUGAAAGUGUCGCCGGCAGUGAAUGGACAGAAUUUUCGACAGGAAGACAUGUCCCCAGGCUGUCUAACACGCACGAACACGACGCCGAGAACACUUCCCCUCACGAUGCAGAGUACCUAUCCUCAGGUGAAGAUUCCACUGACGAGCUUCCCUCCUCACGAUCAAGAUUCGUGCCGCAGAUGCCCGAGGACUACGCUCCCCCUUGUGGUACAUAUCGUGAUCCUGCCAUCAUGGCCCAGAAUCGGCUUCCUUUCAUGACCCCUAUUGUGGAAAGAACUGAAUAUUCUCUUCCCUCCAUGACCGCAGCCAGAAACAACAUGUACGAUGCGAAGACCCCGUCGAAACCGAUGCAGAGCGGUAGCCACACUUCUCCCGGCAUGCCAGCUGUUGACAAUCUCCUGUUGUCCAGUCCAGUUCAAGCUCUGUCGACGCCACAGAGUCGAGGUCUUGCUUCUGUCCCUGAAGAUGAGUCCCCAAGCCCAGCUGCAAAGAGAUUCCGACCCAGUCCGCCGAAGAAAUCGAAGAAGACUGUACCAGUGGUCCCCAUCAUCAAAGACGCACAGUGCAAUCCUACCGAUCGCAACAUUCGUGCCACUAUUCUGAAGUCUAUCGAUGUACCUUUGACCAGCUUCGCUGGAUAUCACGACCACUCCGGAGAGGAAGGCAACCACGCUUCAGACAUCCAAAAGUACAUCAAAGUCCUUUCAAAGAAACACAAGAGCGGAGACAAGGCAAGCUUCACUGCACCAGUCCUCACCUUCUCUGGCGCCGAGAGAAGCUACAUUAUCAGGCGUGAGCUCGGAGCCGGGGCGUUUGCCCCGGUAUAUCUCGCUGAAAGCACUGAUGAUGCAGAUACCUCCUCCGAAAGUGAUAGCGAGAUCAUCAAAGAAAACAAGAAACGGGCCCUUUCGUCUCAUAGGGCCAGAAAGCCGAAGCCCUCGACCUGCCGCCACGGAUUUGAAGCUAUCAAGAUGGAGAUCGGAAAACCUAACGCGUGGGAAUUCUACAUGAUUCGAAUCGCACACGAGCGUCUGAGUGAGUCAGCGGAGUAUUCUCGCGCAGCCGACAGCAUCGUGCGUGCUCAUGAAUUGCACUUGUUCAAAGACGAAAGCUUCCUGGUGGAGGACUAUCGCGGACAAGGAACGCUGUUGGAUCUAGUCAACACGAUCCGCAACGAAACAGCCAUGGCGGCAGGGACCGCAGAAGCAGGAUUGGAUGAAGCGCUGGCAAUGUUUUUCUCCAUCGAGCUCUUCAGGGUGGUUGAAGGACUCCACGCCUGUGGUAUCUUGCACGGGGAUAUCAAGCCGGAUAACUGCCUGGUGCGGUUCGAUGAGAAGGCCGACCGCAGCUCGUCCACUACAGCGUCUCUUCUUGAUCUGGAAGAAGAUUUCUCGACGGACCCUCGCGAGAUCCACUAUUCUCCCAGUGGUCUGUAUAACUGGCGCAACAAAGGCCUGACCCUGAUCGACUUUGGGCGUGCGAUUGAUAUGCGGGCUUUCCAGCCUUCUGUCCAGUUCAUCGCGGAUUGGGAGACCGGUGGCCAUGAAUGCAACGAGAUCCGCGAGAUGCGGCCUUGGACGUAUCAAAUCGACUUGUACGGCGUGGCUGGCACUAUUCACGCAAUGCUGUUUGGCAAGUACAUCGAGUCAGUUGCAAACGAAGGUCGCAGGGGUUCCGGCGCGGGCAACAAAAAGUCAUAUCGUCUCCGGGAGCCCUUGAAACGUUACUGGGACCGCGAGCUAUGGAGCGAUGUCUUUGACCUUCUUCUCAACCCCGGAGCCGACCGUUGGGUCGAGAUGGAGCAGGACGGAACAGAGUCGUCUUCCCAAGGCACCAUGCGUCCAGUCCUCCGUUCCAUGAAGUACGUCCGUGAGAAGAUGGAGGCCUGGCUCCUAGCCAACGCGCACCAGAAAGAUCUCGCCCUUCAGAUCCGGAAGCUCGAGGCCGUCCUCAGCAAGAAGAAAGAGAAGCUUGAGAAAUGA